AUGAUUGAACUUCAUGAAACACAAUCUACUAUUCUCCCCACUAUUUCCGAUAAUGAUAAAUCUCAUGAAAAACUUAAACGUGAAUUAAAAAGUCGACAUAUAACUAUGAUAGCUAUCGGUGGAAUUAUUGGUCCUGGCUUACUUGUCGGCUCAGGUACGGCAUUAGCAUACGCUGGUCCUGCAGGUGCCUUGAUUGCUUUUGCUGCCACUGGAAUAAUUGUGUUUUUCGUUAUGCAAUCACUCGGUGAGAUUUCUACUGCAAUUCCCGUGAGCGGUGCAUUUACGGAUUUUGCUGAUCGAUUCUGUGAUCCUGCACUGUCGUUUGCUGUAGGUUGGAUCUACUGGUAUCUUUGGAUAACAGUUCUUGCUAACGAAUAUAAUGCCAUAUCUGUCGUCAUUAUGUAUUGGACUCAAGUUGUACCUCAAUGGGCUUGGAUCAUUCUUUGGUGGUUCAUUUUUCUUGCACUUUCGCUUGUUGGUGUUCUCGUUUAUGGUGAAAUCGAAUUUUGGCUUAGUUUAAUGAAGAUUUUAGCGAUUCUCGCUUACUUUAUUCUUGCCAUUCUCAUAGAUGUUGGUGUCAUUGGAGGCACCUAUAUUGGUACACGUUACUGGCAAAAUCCAGGUUCAUUUGCAGAUGGAAUUAAUGGUAUAGCUCAAGUAUUUGUUGUAGCUGGUACACUUUAUGCAGGCGUUGAAAUGGUUGCUGUUACUGCUGGUGAAUGUCAAAACCCACGACGUGCUGUUCCACGAGCAAUUAAACAAGUAUUCUGGCGAAUUGUUAUCUUCUAUCUAGGCACAAUCUUUUUCAUCGGUCUAUUAAUUCCUUAUAAUUCACCUCGUCUUCUUUCUGCUCAAUCAAAGACGGCUGCAUCACCUCUAACUAUCUCUCUACAAGACGCUGGUAUUCGUACAGCUGCUCACAUCAUUAAUGGACUUAUUGUUCUAUCUGUUGUAUCUGCUGGUAUGUCAUCUAUCUAUGUCACAUCGCGAACCAUUUGCUAUCUAGGUAAAACAGGACGAGCACCAAAAUUUCUGGGAAUAACAAAUAACAAUGGCGUUCCAUGGCCAGCGAUUUUCUUUUGUAAUCUAUUUGCAUGUAUUUGUUUUAUCAGUCAAGGUCCAGGUGGAGCUGGUACUGCUUAUACAUAUUUAAUCAAUCUGUCUGGCGUCUCUACAUUUAUCGUUUGGGCAGUCAUAUGUCUCACACAUAUUCAAUUUCGUCGCGGAUUAAAAGCACAAGGAGUGAAUAUUAAUGAUCUACCGUUUCGUGCAAUGUGGUAUCCCUAUGGUGCUUAUUUCGGAUUUGCAGCUAAUGUAUUUCUCAUAUUCUUUCAAGGAUAUACUACAGUUCUUCCACCAUUCAACAUAAUUUCCUUUACAAUCUCUUACAUUCUCAUUCCUGUGUUUCUAAUUCUAUUCUUCGGAUAUAAAUUUUGGAAAAAAACUCGAUGGGUACAACCAUCUCAAAUGGAUAUCUGGUCUGGUAGACGUGUGGUUAAUGAAGAAGAGAACAACACAAAGAAUCAGACAAUAUGGUCACGCAUUAAAGCUAUCAUUAUAUGA